UUGGAGACUCGCCGCCGGGUCUAAAAGGAUUUUGGUGCAGAGACUGCUUUGCUUCGCUUCGCUUUCCUUCCCCAUCCCCCCGUCGCCUUUUGCAGGCCGGAGCCCGAAGCUGCCUCUGCUCUCCUUAAAUGCGCCCUGGGAGCCGGCGGAGAGGCAGCCCGGCGUCGCUCCGCUUUGCCUCUUAACGUUUUUUUUUUGGGGGGGGGGAAUCCGGAGUUGGGGACAGCAAAUCGACUCGGAUUGGGUUUUUUUUUUUCCCCCGCUCCCUUCCUCCCCUUUCCCCCUCCUCUUCCUGGGCAUAAACCGCACCAACGCCAUGUCUGCGAAAGAUAACCCGUGCAGGAAAUUCCAGGCCAAUAUCUUUAACAAAAGCAAAUGCCAGAACUGCUUUAAGCCCAGAGAAUCGCAUCUGCUGAAUGACGAAGAUUUAAAUCAGGCCAAGCCUAUUUACGGUGGGUGGCUGUUGUUGGCUCCCGAAGGCACCGAUUUCGACAACCCCGUUCAUCGCUCUCGGAAAUGGCAACGGCGGUUUUUCAUCCUGUACGAACACGGCCUCCUCCGCUACGCCCUGGACGAGAUGCCGACCACCCUGCCCCAGGGCACCAUCAACAUGAACCAGUGCAUGGAUGUGGUGGACGGAGAGAGCCGGACAGGACAGAAAUUCUCCCUCUGCAUCCUGACGCCAGAAAAAGAGCACUUCAUCCGGGCAGAGAACAAGGAGAUCAUCAGCGGGUGGCUGGAGAUGUUGGUUGUCUACCCGAGGACAAACAAGCAGAAUCAGAAGAAAAAGAGGAAAGUUGAGCCACCGACCCCCCAGGAACCUGGGCCCGCAAAGAUGGCGGUGACGAGCAGCAACAUCCUGAGUGCUGAGAAGGUCCCAGCCACCAAGUCCACCCUCUGGCAGGAAGAACAGCCUGAUGGGAAUGGGGCAGUGGGCAUUCCAAGCCCCAUAGAAGGCCCAGCCUCCUCUUCCUGUUCCCUGAAGGAGCCGACGCUGGAGAGCAAAGAAGAUGAUAGUGUGAUGGACGGUGAUCGCGGCGAUUGCGGGCGGAAGGCGCGCGUGGAGAGCGGCUAUUUCUCCCUGGAGAAGACCAAGCAAGACACCAAGGUCGAGGAGCUGCAGCUGCUGACCCCGCCAUCCCCACCCAGUCCUGGCACCCCUAAUGACAGGUACAGUGACUUCACGUCGCCCUCCCCAGAGGAAAGCUGCCCUUUUCCUUCCCCAGGUGCCCGGCCCGGCGGCCGAAUGGUUUACAGCUUCUCCCUCAACGCCCUGGACUCGAAAAGCACCUACCUCGCCUCUCGCAAGGACCCCGUUGGCCGAGAUGGGGCUGGCGGAGCCGAGAGGCCGGCCCGGCCCCUUGCCUUUAAAGCCAGCCGGCAGUACGCCACCCUAGCCGACGUCCCCAAGGCCAUUCGGAUCAGUAACCGGGAAGCCUUCCAAGCGGAGCGGAAGCGGCUGGAGCGGAGGGCCCGGGCCCGCAGCCCCGGAAGGGAAGAAGUGGCUCGGCUCUUCGGCAACGAGAGGAGGAGGUCCCAGGUGAUUGAGAAAUUUCAGGCCCUGGAUCACGAGCACGCAGAACACAUGGAGACCAGCGUGUCCAGCGGGGCUCUCUCCAGUGAGACUCGACAGGGCAGGAGUGAGAAGCGGGUUUACCCCCGGAAACGGGACUUUGACGCUGAAUCAGCAACAAGCUCCAUCCAAGACGUGUCCUCGUGCCCUCUGUCCUCUCACCGCAGAGCCAAGUCGCUAGACAGACGAUCUACCGAGUCCUCCAUGACGCCCGACUUGCUGAACUUCAAAAAAGGAUGGCUGACCAAACAGUACAAAGACGGGCAGUGGAAAAAACACUGGUUUGUGCUGACGGAUCAAAGCCUGCGAUACUACCGAGACUCAGUGGCAGAGGAGGCGGCCGAUCUGGAUGGGGAAAUCGACUUGUCAACGUGCUUCGAUGUGACAGAAUAUCCAGUCCAGAGGAACUAUGGCUUCCAGAUCCAUACUAAAGAAGGAGAGUUCACCCUCUCUGCCAUGACUUCUGGGAUUCGCCGGAACUGGAUCCAGACGAUUAUGAAGCACGUGCGCCCCACCACUGCCCCGGAUGUGACCAACUCCUUGCCGGAGAAGAAAAGCAAAACCAGCUCAUCGCCUGAGGCAUGCCCCAAGCCGAGCGAGAAGCAGGACUCCGAGCCGGCUGAAAUCGACCCUGAGCACAAACGCAGCCGUGUCCGGGAGCGCAGGCGAGAGGGCCGGUCCAAAACCUUUGACUGGGCCGAGUUCCGCCCCAUCCAGCAGGCCCUGGCCCGAGACCGAGGGAGUGGGGGAGAGCAGUCCAAAGGCGAGGGGCCGGCUCCUUUACCCAUGGAGCCCGGCUCCUCUGACGCAGACCCCGGGGAGUUGGAAAGAGAGCGGGCGCGGCGGAGGGAGGAGCGGCGAAAGCGUUUCGAGAACCUGGAUGUGCCCGACGAGGGAAGCCCGGAGGACUUCUCUAAGAUGGAGGUGGACAGAGUCCCUGGCUUGCCCGUCGCUUCGGAGGCCAAGCCACAGAACGUCCAUGUGGAAAUCGAGCAACGGUGGCACCAGGUGGAGACGACUCCUCUACGCGAGGAGAAGCAAGUGCCCAUCGCCCCGUUGCAGCUUGCGCAUCCCGAGGACGGCGGCGAGACGCUCCACAAGCAGCACCUCACGGCGCUUCUGGAGAAGGAGCUGGAGCAGAGCCAAAAGGCGGCUUCGGAACUCCUGGAGCAGAACCGAAUUCUGCAGGACCAGUUGAAGGUGGCGCUGGGCCGGGAGCAGAGCGCGAGGGAAGGCUACAUCCUGCAGACUGAGGCGCCCCCGGCCCCAUCGGGGGCCUGGCAGAGACUUCACAAAGUCAACCAGGACCUCCAAAGCGAGCUGGAAGCCCAGUGCCAGCGCCAAGAGCUGAUCAAUCAGCAGAUCCAGGCCCUGAAGCGUAGCUACGGAGAGGCCAAGGACGUCAUCCGCCACCACGAAGCGGAGAUCCAGAGCCUGCAGGCCCGGCUGGGCAACGCCGCCGCAGAGCUGUCCAUCAAAGAACAGACGCUGGCCAAGCUGAAGAGCGACCUCAAGGCCGAGAAGGAGAAAGCGCAAGAGCAGAUGGAGGAAUGGCAGCACAGCGAGACAGCACUGAGCUCGCAGCUGAAGGCCAGCGAGCAGAAGCUCAAGAAAGCAGAAGCACUCCUCCUGGAGAAGACCCAGGAGCUGCGGGAUCUGGAAACACAACAGGCCCUGCAAAGGGACUGCCAGAAAGAAGUCCAGCGGCUGCAGGAGAGGAUCGCUGAUGUGAGCCGGCAGCUCAGCGCGAGCGAGCAUUCCCGGAUGCUCAUGGAGGAGAAGCUGCAGAGGAACUAUGAGGCUUUGUUGGAAAGCUGUGAGCGGGAAAAGCAGAUCUUGAUCCAGAGCGUCAAGGAAGUGGAAGACAGAGCCAGUGACUAUGAGAACCAGCUCCAGAACAGCGAGCGGCAGAUGGAGAUCCUGCAGAAGGAGAAGCUGACGGCCAAAUUUGAAGGCAGUGAGAUUGUCCACCAGCUGGAGGAGCAGCUUGAGAUGAAGGAAGACAGCAUCCAGAAGUUGGCGGAGCACAUCAAGAGCCUGGAGGAGGAACGGGAUCAGAUCAAAUACAGGUUCCAGGAGCUGAUGAACCAGGUGGCCGAGUCAGACCACGAGGUUGCCAAGCUGCAAGCGAAACUGCAGGCUGAGGAGACCAACUACCGCACGUUGGAGCAUUCCUACGAGGAGGUGUCAGGCCAAUUCCAGAACUUGCAGAAAGUCCUGCAGGAGAAGGAGGAAGAGUUGAAAGCCAUUCGGAAGGUCCACCUAAAAACCGUCCAAAAGGAUUGCGAUUCAGUUGAAUCUUCGUCGGGAAUAGAAGGAAAUCAACAGGCCAAAGACAAGUCGCCGAAAACAUUGGCUGAUGAAAAUUUGGGGCACUGCGCCGUCCAAGAAACUCUCAGUCCCGGUGCUGCACCAGAAGACGAUGUCGAUGAAGUCACGCAGCAUCCGCAGGUUCCGGGAGAAAUCCCCAUUUUCGAAGGCAUGCCCACCAAGGACAACAGUCCCAGUCAGAGACAGAUUUGCGAACAGGCAACCACGAAAGCAGAAGAAUACAGGUCUCCUUUGAAGCCUGCACAUCCUCAAGAGAGGGAGGCUUGUCUGAAGGAUCUGGCCAAGCUUGACACGGAAAUCCCAGGAGCCAAGAGGCAGAGGAUCCGUUUCUCCAGCAUCCAGUGCCAAAAGUACGUCCACGCGGAUGGCUCGGAGAAGACGUGGACCAGCAGCACUUCGUCAGACACCAGCCAGGACCGCUCGCUUUCCGAAGACAGCAUGUCGUCGGAACCAGCUCCUUGUUACCCAGCCUCGGGCGACUCGGAGACUUACCUGUCUAUCAUCCAUUCCCUGGAAACCAAACUUUACAUCACGGAGGAGAAGCUCAAAGACGUGACGACGAAACUGGAGAGCCAGCAGGGGCACAACCAAGAUACCCUCCUUGCGCUUCACCACCAGUGGGCCGUAACGGAAGCCCAGUUGAGGGAGCAGCUGCAAGAAAGCUUGACGCAAGUCAGCCUGUUGGUUUCGCAGCUGGAGAACGAGAGCCAGGGGAAACUCAGGCUGAUGGCUGAACAUGCCAGCGAGCUGGGGGAAUUCCAAGGAAGGAACGAUCAAGCCUUGAUGUGUUUGAAACGGUGCGGGGAACAGCUUAGAACUCUGCCCCGGUAUGACCAGGAAAGAGGGGGAGAGAUGUUCUUGGAUGCCUUGUCCAGCAUGGAGAUAACAUUAUCUAGUGCUAUCCAGGCCUUACAGGGGACACUGUCUUUACCUGAUCUCCAGCCAAGAGGAAGUCUCCCACCCCAAGAAGCCAGUUUGCUGGAUAAUAAUAUGCCCGCCCCCCUACAACAGCAAACAGAGUUGUCCGAACGAGACCAACUAAAGUUGCUUUCCAAACGGGUGGCGUUUGAAGCUUGCCUGAUAAACCAGAUAGCAGAGUCACUGAGAGACUCCACUUCUGCGAUUGCCCUGACCCUUCGGGAGAUUCAUGGGACGGUGGAGGCUGUCCUCCUAGAGCCUUCCAAUGUUUCCCAGACAGCGGUCGCCUUGGCCAACAUUUUAUCGAAAAAGCUAGUGUUGGAGGAUGAGUUUUGGAGCCAAGUUGAGGAGUUAAGGAAGCACCUAGGCAAGAAAGAGGAAAAGAUGGAAGCAGGAAGCUCAGACUCGCUUCAAGGCCUCAUUCACACCAUUGCAGAUAGCACGCUCGUUCAAGCUGAGCUGGGUUUUGUUGCCCAGAAAAUUCGGGAGUCCUUUCAUCAGAGGCUGAAGGCCAUUGAAGAGGACCUCCACAACACCAAGACGGCCCUUCAGCAGCACAAGUGCAUGCUGGAGGAGAUCAUUAAAGCCUACCAGACGCCUCAGUUCAACGGGGUUAUGGAGCAGAUCUCCAAAGCCCUUGAAAUCCAAGAGGGCGCCUCCGAAAGCUUCCAAGCAUCUUGGGAUGGUCGUAUUCAGGAGCACAGGACAGAAGGUCGCAGCUUGCAAAGUCUUAGCAGUCAAGCUUUGGCCGCUGUUCAGGAAGAACUUUCUCAGCAGCUAAAAGACAGAGCGAAAGUCUUGGAAGAAAUAGCAGCCGCUUUACUGACUCUGUCCCCCGAGGAGGCCCUGAAAGACUGCCAGAAGCUCCUGAAGGUUUCUCGCACUCCUCCUUACCUGUCAUGUAUGGGGGAUCUUGAACGCUACUCUUCCCUGCUAGUCCAGGAUGCAAUUAUCCAGGCCCAAGUUUGUUAUGGAGCCUACAGAGCUAGGCUGGAGUACGAAAAGGAGGCAUGGCUAAAUAAAGAGUCACUGCAGAACAUGGACGCUCUGUGCCAGGAGCGCAUCAGGGCCGUGGCAGUCCUCAGAGAGGAGUACGAAGAUUUGCUCCGUAAGCAGCAAAACGAAUAUUCUGAGAUGAUUGCCGUCCUCGAAAAGGAGAACGUGGACCUGAAAGCAAAAGUGGCCCAGCUAGACAACCAGCGGAAGCUUCUGGAAGAAGAAGAACGGCAGCAGAGCAGAAAGAUGUUGGAGCUGCAGGGCAGGCACGAAGAGGAGCUGCAGACUGUGGUCGAGCAGUUGAACAGGACGGAGGACACCCUGAAGGCUGAAAGGACCAAGGGGCUCCACCAGCUGGAUGCCAUCAUACGAGACAAGCAGAACUUGGAGCGGUACCACCUGGAGCAAACCCAGACCUUGGAGGACAAGUUCCAGGUCAAGAUGAAGGAGCUGCAAAUCAUUCACAACGAGGAGCUGCAGACAUUGCAAGACCAUUACAGCAGAAAUCUGCAAGGCUUGCAGGAAUCUCUAGACGAGUACCGGACGCAGCGCCCAGAAUAUUUGCCUGGAGAUGCACCUGAAGCUGGCCAUCUGGAAUCGCGCGCUGAGGGUCAGCUUGAAGGUGGGCCGCAGGGCUCCGAGGGCGAGCUCAGCUCCAUGCACGGGUUGCGCGAGCGCAUACAAGAGCUGGAAGCCCAGAUAGAUGUCAUGCGAGACGAGCUGGAGCACAAGCACUUGGAAGGAAGCGCAUCGACCCUGCGGGAAAAAUACCAGAAAGACUUUGAGAACCUCAAGGCGACUUGCGAGCGAGGGUUCGCAGCCAUGGAAGAGACUCACCAGAAAAAGAUCGAGGACUUGCAGAGGCAGCACCAGCGGGAACUGGAGAAGCUACGAGAAGAGAAAGAUCGGUUGCUGGCGGAAGAGACGGCGGCUACCAUCUCAGCCAUAGAAGCCAUGAAGAACGCCCACCGGGAAGAGUUGGAGCGGGAGCUAGAAAAAACCCAAAGGUCCCAGAUCAGCAGCAACAACUCCGAUGUGGAGGCUCUGCGGAAGCAAUACCUGGAGGAGCUGCAGUCCGUCCAGCGGGAGCUGGAAGUGCUGUCAGAGCAAUACUCGCAAAAGUGCUUGGAGAAUGCCCACUUGGCUCAGGCCCUGGAGGCUGAGAGGCAGGCCCUCCGUCAGUGCCAACGCGAAAACCAGGAACUCAACGCCCACAACCAGGAGCUGAACAACCGCCUGGCUACAGAGAUCACACGAUUACGGGCGUUGCUGACCAGAGAGGGCGGGACGGAGACUGCCGGCACGCCUCUCACCCAGGGCAAGGAUGCCUACGAGCUGGAGGUUCUGCUGCGAGUCAAGGAAUCGGAAAUCCAGUACUUGAAGCAAGAGAUCAGUUCCCUGAAGGAUGAAUUGCAGACAGUACUGAGGGAUAAGAAAUAUGCCAGCGAUAAGUAUAAAGAUAUCUACACAGAACUGAGCAUUGUGAAGGCCAAGGCCGACUGUGACAUCAACAGGUUGAAAGAACAGCUCAAGGCUGCCACAGAGGCCCUGGGAGAGAAGUCCCCGGAGAACGCCGCAGGGUCUCGAUACGAUAUCAUGAAAUCUAAAAGUAGCCCAGAUUUCUUGAAGAAAGACAAGACCAAUGUUGGCCGGUAUUACAGAAAUCUCAGGUCAAAGAGUCUGAAGGAAGGCCUGACCGUGCAAGAGCGCCUCAAGCUCUUUGAAUCCAAGGACUUGAAGAAAGACUAGUUCUCCUUCCUGUUCGGCUUGACCACACGCACCUUCUCGCUGGCGGCGUCACCACACAAGCACCCUUUGAUAUUCUUUGUUGUUCCUUAGGAUCUUCAUUGCUCUUUUUGGUAUGGAUAUGUGAAAAACGCUGCGGCAGUUUUCUUUGGCCUGUCGGACAGACUUGCCAAGACGUUGCCCCGCUCGAGAAGCGGACAAGAUUGGGGGAUAUGCUUCCCCUCCUUUCUGGCUCCUCACACAAAAGCCCUCCACACUAAGCGUCAGUAUUAAGGCUCGACGGCCUGUUGAUAAGCUAGCUCUGUUUGACCAAAUGCUUUGGUGUAGCGACAGAGCCCUGGGGGGAGGGGGGUGGUGCGACACACUGUGUUUUAGCUCUGCCACUGUUGACACUAACCCAAGCACUUACAGGCAUGCUUUGAGCCAAAUUCUUGCAUCCCUGAAACAAAACUUGAGAGCCUGCUCUUGGCAUGGUUUCUACCUGGAUUGCAGCACCAGUAAGUGGAGUGGGGGAUAUAGCUUUGUAUACUCUUGUCUGCAUUGUCAAAUGAUGGAAUUAUUCCUCUAGUGUAUUUUAGAAGCUUCCUGAGAAAUUUUCUUUGGAAACAUAGUGGUGUGAUGGACUCCUGCUCUUGAAAGAAGGAUAGCCUGCCCCCCCCCACCCCUUUCUAUGCUCCAUACUGAUCCCAGGAGUCUGUUUAUGCUGGUAUCCACUAUUCCAGCAGUAAGACUUCCAGAUAGCAGGAUACUUUGCAGAGAGUGGGCUUUUGACUUGCUGAUCAGUGAAGGAUGUUCAUGACACUACAGCUGAGGUCAGGGCAGAAAUAGGGGCUUGACCAAAAGAUAAGGAGUCAUAUGUGGCUGUAAGCUGGUAUCUAUGUCUGGAUGUUCAGCUGUAAGAUGGGAGGUCCUGCAGUGGAAUGGUGAGUCGCAAAACAAGCCUGUUUAUUGAAACAUGGCAUUUGAGAGGCAUGCAAAAUAAAUUACGGAGCUUGUUAGUGCUCGAUCUCAUCAUUUUACCUCCAACAAAGCAAUUUUGUGCCCCAGAGUUGGUUUUUCUUCCAGACCCCACAGAUACAGAUUGGGGAAUAUAUCUUUCAAAGUAUUGUUUCCUGAUUUCAGUGGUCUUUCCAGGGAGGAAAGUUUCGGUCUUGUCUGUUGCAAAUGUUUGGUUCCCCCCUCCUUUUUUUUGAAACUGUCACUGGAACUGGUUUUCCUUUGUCCUCCGAAGAAAUGGAAAAGGAGUAUUUUGCUUGUGCUGAUACGCUAAAAAAACAAAAUCCAAGCAAGCUGUUUUGUUCCCCUGUGGCAGAGGCUACCUGAGAGUAGCCCUAUGCAUUGUACAAAAAAAGUUGUUUUUUGUAAUAAUAUACUUGAUUAAAAUCCUACUGGACUUUUUUGCAUUUUGGUGGUUCAUAUGCAGUACUUAAGUUUUGUUGUGAACACUUUUAAGCACAUGCACGCUCUGUGUAGCUUAGUUUUCCUUUGUAAUUCCCUUUUUUUAAAAACGGCUUUGUUAUCCUCUUUAAAAUAAUUUAAAACCUGUAUAGUAUUCAAAGCACGCCAUGUAAAUAUUUAUUACUCAAAAACUCUAGUGGAGGGUUAUGUUUUUGGUGACUUUUUUAAAAAAAAUCUUGUUCUAAUACACUGUUAACUUGGGAAAUUAUUUAACCUGAAAGGGGAAGGGGCUGUGGAUCAGUGGUAGAGCACCUGCUUAGCAUGCAGAAGGUCCCAGGUUUGAUCCCUGGCAUCUCCAGCUAUAAAAAAAAACUAGGCAGUAGGUGAUGUGAAAGACCUUUCUCUGCCUGAUACCCUGGAGAGUCUGAGUAGACAAUACUGACUCUGAUGGACCAGUGGUCUGAUUCAGUAAAAGGCAGCUUCAUGUGUGAUAAACUCUGCUCUGUGUUCCCUUAUAGGUUUGUUGGAAUGUUAUAAAUAUACAUUUUAAAUAUAUUUUUUAAAAUUUCUGAUACCUUUUUAGUUUUGGAAAUGACUGUCCCAAGAACACGUGAAAUGUUUCAAAACUUUAAACCUACUUACCUGUACACUGAUUUUCUUCCCUACUCUGUUCAGCAAUCUUAUAAGUUGACAGUGGUAUAAAAUCUUUUGAGUGCGCUGAUUUGCUAUGUUUCUAUGGCAGUAGUGGUGGUAGCAGCUACUCUCUCACUAGGCAGACGUCAAUAUCUUUGCAUGUCAACACUGCUGCAAAGUUAACUAAGGUUCCCAUAUAUUAGGGCCAAGAGUCUAACUGCUAUUUGCACAGCUGUACAGAGAUGCUGAUGCCUAUGAGGAUUUCUACAGACAACUUGUAUAGAUUCUGAUCCUUUCCCGUCCCUUUGGAGUUUCAUGGCAUGGUGCUGUAACAGCAUGGCAGAAUCCUGUUCUUUUAGGACAACCGUUCAAUUUAGAGUUAACACCCUUUCGUUGACGACAGGUUCAACAGAACGGCCUUGCUAAGCUGAUUCCUUUACCACUAGAAUAUGAAAAAAUUCCUUAGAAGUAGAGGUGCCAUUACUGCAUGACUUGAGAAACGGUGAUGUCAGCAUAUACAGUUGAAGUUUUGCUUUUGCUAGUGGUAUUCAGCAGCCUGAAGCCAUGCUUAGAAGUCCUCAAGGAUACAUGAAAUGGGGAGGGGAGGGGGGUUUCACAGUAGACCCAAUUUGCCCAAAGCAGUUUGGCUUAGGGACAUGAUUUUGUUCUGGCAGGAAAAGAACAUGUGAGUUUACCACAGCUUAAAAUGGGAACAUUCCUCUGUAACUGAAAAGGGAGAAAAAAAAAAUCUGCUAGCCUCUAAAUGCACAUAUUGUGCUUGAGUGACAAGAGCAUGUACUAAUAUAUUCUUUGGACAGAAUGCAUUUUAAUAAGGGGGGCGAACUAGCAAAAUACCCUUGAGCUUCCCUCAACUGACUAACCCACCCCUCUAGUUCUUUGAGACUGGGAGGGGGGCUAUCUGCCUGCCUGAGUGAUAUGCAGACCCAUGCAUUAUCCCUAUGUGACCCUUCCAAGAAUCACAUAGGAGGAGACUUGUAGCUCAGCAAGACACUGAGGCGAAAAUAAGGCCUUAGGGAGCAGCAAUACUGUUAAAACCACAACUGGCAACCAGUGCGCAAGAGGUACAUUUCAACAAAAUCACUGCAAAGGAAAGGAGAUGUGCCCCCCCCCCCCCCCCAAAUCUGCUUGUGUGAUCUGACUAAUUUUCUUUUGGCAGAGAAGAAUUUUGAACCUCCUGCUAGGAGAAGGAAAGGUAUUUUCCUCCUUUAUUUUCAUGCUUUUAAAAGAGCUAUUUCCCUCUUCAGCUGUUCACUGUAAUAGAAGUGUCAUUGAUGUCACAGUAUUUAUUCCUUACAAAAUCUUGUGUGACAUGCUAGGGGUCCCAUGGAUGUAGCGCUGAUGAUUUUUAUUUUGUAAAUAUAAUUACUUUACUAUACAUAAAACUAUAUCGUAAUAAACUAUUUUUGCACCACU